GUGGAGAUAAAACAGGCUGGUGCAUUUCUAGAUGGUCCAGCUCAAUCCUUCUCCAUGUGCUUUGGAGAUGAUGGUCUUGGUAGAAUCAACAUUGGAGACAAAGGCAGCUGGGAUCAACAAGAAGCUGCAUUCAUCAUCAACAAAGCACACACCCAUCUUUCAAAAUCAACAUAACUGGAAUUGCAGUAGGGAAUAAAUCUACCCACAUGGUGUUCGAUGCUCCUGUCGAUUCUGGUACCUCUUUCACAGCCUUGGAGGAUCCAAUCUAUAAAUACAUUGCAAAGAGUUUCAAUGCACAAGCACAGACAAAUCAAUCUAUAUAUUGCCUGGCCAUUGUGAAGAUUUCUGGAAUCAGUAUACUCCGGCAGAAUUUUCUGAUGGGACUUCACGUCGUCUUCGACCGAGAGAGGCUCAUUUUGGGGUGGAAGAACUCCGACUGCUACGCUGCUGAGAACUCCACCGGCUCUUCCCCGCCCCUUGCGCCUGCUCCUUCGCCUAGUGGUUGCACGCGGGAGACGCAGGCAAGGGGAAGUACUGCUCAGGUUCCAGUGGGGCUUUCUUCUUGAUUCGAGGACGAACCCUAACCCGGAAGGUGACCCGUUCGCCCGCUCUCACCCGGAUUGGUAUAUGAGGAGGAGCGGUCGCAGUUGGAGCCUUCUUCAGGGCGGAAAAGAAGUAUACGAGCCGUAG